AGUUAAUUACCGCUUGCUUAACCACGUUGUUCAAAUGCAUUACUCUACAAUCAACAGACGGAUGUUAAAAAGAUGCCUCGUUCUUAUUAUUGUUUCUUUUUUGCGGAAUUAUUAUGCAGCUCAGCCGGCUUACGAGCACAAAGAACUAUGAUUUUUGCGAAAACUGCGAAAACCAAAGGACUAAAGGACCAAAGGAGGGAAAGGGCAGCCGCGCACCCUUGUAAAACCCUUUCGAAAGGGGGCGAGACAGAGAGGGCAACAGGGUGAGUGGGACAGAGUGUGAACCAGAAUCAUCAGAAUCACCCCUUUGCCCUUUGGCCUUUGUACCGCCUACCUGCUUCGUACCGCUUCGUACCGCUUCGGCUGGCCGCUCGUGUCCGCCAUUUCGAUGUGAAUGAGGCGUCGGCGCAGCCUCCGGAUUUUGGGUAUAAAUGCAGGGGGUUCCGACGAGAGGAAAUCAGUUUGCGUUCGACAUCGUCAGCGUGAAGAUAUAGCAACAGCACAGCAACACAGCUAGAUCACCACUCUAUAUAGUCCAUAUAUAGCGUCAAUCAGUUGGAUUAAACCCACAGAGACCAUACACCCAACAUGCUAAUGCACGAGAAACUCAUGGCCGGGCAGUUCUUCGAUCUCAAGACUGAUCGCAAGCCACUGAUGCACCACCACCAGUACCAGCACCACCAGCAGCAGCCACUGCAUCACUUGCCGCACAGCCAAUUGCCGGUUCAGGGAUCCUUGGGCCUGCCCAAAAUGGAUCUGUACACGGCCUACGCCUACCAGCAGCAGUUGCUGGGAGCUGCCCUCAGUCAGCAGCAGCAACAGCAACAGCAGCAGCAACAUCAGCAGAUGCAGCAACAGCAGCAGCAGCAGACCUCCUCUGCUGAGGUCCUGGAUCUUUCCCGUCGCUGUGACAGCGUCGAGACGCCCAGGAAGACUCCCUCGCCCUACCAAACAAGCUACAGCUACGGCAGUGGUUCCCCAUCGGCCUCGCCCACCAGCAAUCUGCUGUAUGCCGCCCAGAUGCAGCAGCAGCAGCAGCAACAUCAGCAGCAACAGCAGCAGCAACAACUGGCCUCCCUGUAUCCCGCUUUCUACUACAGCAACAUCAAGCAGGAGCAAGCCACGCCCACUGCUGCUCCGCCCAAGGUGACACCAACCGCCAACCUUCUGCAGACCUUUGCUGCCGCCUCUGCUGCGGCCGCCGCUGCUGCUGCCGCUUCCGCGACCAACUCACCAAGACCCGCCAGCAACGCCAGCACCAUGCAGAUCGAUGUCCUGGAGAAUCCCCAGUCGCCGGCUGUGGAGGCCACCACGCCCACCACCUCCAGCAGCGGCGAGGCGGGAAAGAACACACGCCCCUUCAAGGCCUUUCCCCGGGAUCCCUUGGUAAUAGCCGCCAAUUUCGCAGCCACUGAUGUCCUGCUGGACAAUCCGCGAGUGGAGCGCUACACCGAAUACAGGAAGCGGGUGCUUGAGCAAAUCCGCAGCUCCAACGGAGGAUCGCGCACCGUAACCAACCCCAAAAUGCGAAGGACCAACUCAAGAAGUGGAUCCGUCAACGAAGGCAGCUCCUCGAACAACAACAGCGAAAGCGAGGAUCGCGCUGCCGCGGAGGAGUCUAGCGACUGCGACUCCCAGGCGGGCAACUUCGAGGGAAAGUCCGCCACCAGCAGCUCCAGCAACUUGGCCAACGCCACUGCCGCAAACUCGGGCAUCAGCUCGGGCAGCCAGGUCAAGGAUGCCGCCUACUACGAGAGACGUCGCAAGAACAAUGCCGCCGCCAAGAAGUCCCGCGAUCGUCGCCGCAUCAAGGAGGAUGAGAUCGCCAUCAGGGCCGCCUAUCUGGAGCGCCAGAACAUCGAGCUCCUGUGCCAGAUCGACGCCCUCAAGGCCCAGCUGGCCGCCUUCACCUCCGCCAAAGUAACCACCGCCUAAAGGUGCACUCCUCUCUUGAUGCGUUGAACGCGAGGAUCCCGAAUCGUAUGUCCUGUUUUUUGGGUCAGCUUAUCUGUGAAUAGUUUAGGGGGCUCAACUUUCUUUUUUUUACACACUCGCAUUUAAGUACUUUAAGUCCUUGGAGUAUACGUUAUAUUUGGAAAAUGUAUUAGUUGUAAGUGCAUCUCGCAAUCUCACCAGUUAACUCUCAAUGGAACUCUCAUCUAUAGUUGUAGAAGUCCCAGCUAGCCAUUAGUGUUUAACUUGUAAGUGAAUUUUUUUCAUAGCCCUAAGAAAUCAAUCAUAAUAAAUUAUCGAAAAUAA